AUGUUAUCCAUCGCACUCGAAUCAUAUCUAUCUAUCUAUCUAUCUAUCUAUCUCAAUUUAUUCCUAAUAUCCCUCCCCCUCACUCUCACUCUCACUCUCUGCUUUCACUUUAACUAUCUCUCUCUCUCUCUCUCUCUCUAUCUAUCUAUCUAUCUAUCUAUCUAUCUAUCUAUCUCUGCCAUGCCCUUCCUUAUAUAUCUAUCUCAGCCUGUUCAUAACUAUCACAGUUUAUUCCUUCUCUCUCUGACUCCCCCUUUCUUUCUAUCUCUAUUCAUAUCUAUCUCAAUUUAUUGGUUAUCUAUCUCUCCUUCUCUCUCUCUCUCUCUCUCUCUCUCUCUCUCUAUCUAUCUAUCUAUCUAUCAACUUUGGGUACUGGCUAAAGUCAGUGUCAGCCGAGAAAGAAGGAAAGGAGAUCAGAUGAAAGUCAAUGGCCGUGUGGCAGUGUGCAUCUUUUUGUUGAGGUGUGAAUGUUUGCAUUGUCACGGGACCGAGAUGUUAUCCAUCGCACUCGAUUCAUAUCUAUCUAUCUAUCUAUCUAUCUAUCUAUCUAUCUAUCUAUCUAACAACUGUUCGUAUCUAUCUAUCUAUCUAUCUAUCUAUCUAUCUAUGCCAUGCCCUUCUUUAUCUAUCUAUGUCAGCCUUUUCAUAACUAUCACUGUUUAUUCCUUCUCUCUCUAUCUCACUCCCUCUCUCUCUCUCUCUCUCUCUCUCUCUCUCUAUCUAUCUAUCUAUCUAUCUAUCUCUUUUGCUUCCUUAUCUAUAUAUCUACCUUUCUACUUUAGGCUUUCACUUUAUCUAUCUAUCUAUCUAUCUAUGCCAUGCCCUUCCUUAUCUAUCUAUCUCAGCCUCCAAAUAGUCUCGCAUAUAUCUCACUCCCUAUCUAUCUAUCUAUCUAUCUAUCUAUCUAUCUAUCUCAAUUUAUUCCUUAGCAAAUACGGCCAACCCUUCCGAUAA